AUGAUUAAAGAUUUUCUUCUGGAUAAUUUUAUUCCCAGACCACCCACAUCGGGAAAGCAAGUGAUCCAUGUGCUCGAAGAACCGAAGGAAAAAAGUCAGGCCUCCAUUAUACUGACUUCUUCCUCGGAUCUGGAAAGCAUCAAUUAUCUCCAUCGACUGUUAAAGGGCCGCCACGUCCAACUUCUCGGAAUAGGUGCAACUAUCGGCUCUGCGCUUUUCGUGGCUAUUGGUAAAGGUCUUCAAUAUGGGCCGCUCAAUUUAUUGUUGGGCUUUCUUGUUUGGUCUAUUCCUAUCUUGUUCAUCACAGUCAGUACAGCUGAGUUUGUAACGUACUUGCCUAUCACUUCACCUUUUGUUCGCAUGGCAGGUCGCUGUUGUGACACAGCCUUGGAGAUUAUGACGGCAUGGAAUUUUUGGUUCUUGUGCUGCGCUCAAAUUCCCUUUGAAGUUAUAACUGUGAAUUCCAUUCUUCAUUUUUGGCGAGAUGACUUCUCUCCAGCAAUUCCUUUGGCUGUCCAAGUGGUGUUGUAUUUCAUUAUCAACGUUUUUGGUGUUGCCAUAUACGGCGAGGUCGAGUUUUGGCUUAGUUUGGGAAAAGUGGUUUUGGCUACAGGGCUCAUCCUUUUCACAUUUAUCACCAUGGUAGGUGGAAAUCCAAAACACGAUGCCUUUGGUUUCCGCUACUGGCGUGAUCCAGGUCCAAUGUAUGUUGCAUACCACACUGGUGCUUUAGGUCGUUUUCAGGGUUUUUUAGCUUGUCUUAUUCGGGCUACGUUUACUUUUGCUGGCCCGGAAUAUGUAUCUCUUGUUGCCAGUGAAACGAUCAACCCACGGAAAACAUUGCCUUCUGCCUUCAAACAAGUAUUUAUUCGUUUAACGAUUUUCUUUAUUGGUGGUGCCCUCUGCGUGGGUAUUUUAGUUCCUUACAAUGACCCCCUCUUGUUAGAGACUUUAGGUGUUACCAAGCCUGGUGCUGGAGGUUCACCCUACGUUAUUGCAAUGCAAAAUUUGGGCAUCAGCGUUUUGCCUGAUAUCGUGAAUAUCCUUUUGGUCACCGCUGCUUUUUCAGCUGGCAAUUCCUACACUUACUGCUCAUCGAGGACAUUGUAUGGGUUUGCGUUGGAUGGCUAUGCUCCUAAAAUCCUUGCUCACACUACAAAAACCGGCAUUCCUCUCUACUGUGUCUUAAUUUCACUUUUAUGGGCGCUUAUUUCAUUCUUGCAAAUGAGCGAGGGGUCGGCAAAAGUUUUGGACUGGAUCAUUAAUUUGAUCACUUCAUGCCAGCUAAUCAAUUUUACACUCUUAUGUUUCAUCUACGUCUUUUUCUACAGGGCCAUGAAAGCACAAGGAAUCGACCGCAAAACUUUACCUUUUGUUGGCUGGUUUCAACCUUGGUUGGCCAUUAUUGGAGGGGCUCUGGCGUUCACGAUGACUUUCGUGGGCACAUACACUGUUUUUAUUCCCGGAGGGUGGGACAUCAAAUCCUUUUUGUUCUCAUACCUAAUGAUAUUUGUGGACAUUGCCAUCUUUGUUGGGUGCAAAAUUUGGAUGAAAACGAAGUGGAAAAAGCCAGAGGAAGUUGACUUGGUUACGGGCCUUAAGGAAGUGGAGCUACAUGAAGAAGACUACUACAGAAAACUUGAAGCGCUUCACAAGCUAAAAGAUGAUGGAACAAUUCGUCGGUCAUGGCACGAGCGUCUUUCGACUUUGCUCUUUGGAAGUGAAAUGAGAUAA